ACCCGGCGGCCCGGCUGCUGUCAGAGCCGGCUCAGGCCAUGGCGUUGCCCAGUGGUUUGUAAGUUGGCAGCGGUGGCUCGGGACGUGGCGCAGGUCCCGAUGGCGGCGGCGGCGGGGGCGGCCCUGCCGGCGGCCGACCCUGCUGCACCCGCGGUGCCGCAGGCGGCGGGGAGCGGAGGCCAGACCUCGCGCCGAGACUUCUACUGGCUGCGUUCCUUCUUGGCCGGGGGUAUUGCUGGGUGCUGUGCCAAAACCACAGUUGCGCCUUUGGAUCGAGUGAAGGUUUUAUUACAAGCUCACAACCACCAUUACAAACAUUUAGGGGUACUGUCUACACUGCGUGCUGUUCCCCAGAAGGAAGGCUACCUUGGCUUGUAUAAAGGAAAUGGCGCCAUGAUGAUUCGAAUCUUUCCCUACGGUGCGAUCCAGUUCAUGGCGUUUGAGCAUUAUAAAACGUUCAUUACUACAAAGCUGGGAGUUUCUGGUCAUGUGCACAGAUUAAUGGCUGGAUCCAUGGCAGGCAUGACAGCGGUUAUCUGCACUUACCCUCUCGAUGUGGUUAGGGUGCGCCUCGCCUUCCAGGUGAAAGGCGAGCACACCUAUUCAGGGAUCAUUCAUGCAUUUAAGACGAUUUAUGCUAAGGAAGGCGGUUUCCUUGGAUUCUACAGAGGUCUGAUGCCUACUAUAUUAGGAAUGGCCCCGUAUGCAGGUGUUUCCUUUUUUACCUUCGGCACCUUGAAGAGCGUUGGGCUUUCCUACGCGCCCACCCUGCUUGGUCGCCCCUCAUCUGACAAUCCCAAUGUCCUAGUUCUGAGGACUCAUGUGAACUUACUGUGUGGUGGUGUUGCUGGAGCAAUAGCCCAGACGAUAUCCUACCCAUUUGAUGUGACCCGCCGGAGAAUGCAGUUGGGGACAGUCCUGCCAGAGUCUGAAAAGUGCCUUACGAUGCGGGAGACCAUGAAGUAUGUCUAUGGACACCAUGGGAUUCGGAAAGGACUGUACCGUGGCUUGUCUCUGAACUACAUCCGCUGUAUUCCCUCGCAAGCCGUGGCUUUCACAACCUAUGAACUUAUGAAGCAAUUUUUUCACCUUAACUAAAAGAAAAAAUUACCAGUUGUGAUGGUUUUCCUCAGUAAAUUCUCAGAGGGAAAUAUAUAUAUAUGAAUGUUACCUUAAUUGUGAGGGAGACAUUACUUGAAGGGGACGUUUGCCCUGUCACAGGAACCACUGGGGCUCUAAUACUUGAUUUCUGUUGGAUUUUAAAUCAUAGAUCGAAAGUGCUUAGCAUAAUGUUUUGUUUUCUUUUUGAUGGGAUCUAGAUAUGUAACCCUGGCUGGCUUGGAACUCCCUGUGGAGACCAGACUGGCCUAGACUCCUGGCAAUCCUCCUGCCUCUGCCUCCCAAGUACUGAGAUCUCCGGCAUGUGCCACCAUGCCUGCUCUGACGUGCUUUUUAAUGGCAAACAUUAUACCUUAGAACCCUGCAAAACCAUCUUGCGCUGAUGGUGGUAACUGCUGGUUAUUUUAAAGUACUAUUGGAAGGAGAGGUGGGUUCGUAUUGGAGUUUAAGAGAUUCUCAUUGGCUUCACCACACUAUUCCAAACUUCAUUGUAAUUGUAGUCAUGAAGGCGGGGAGGGACAGGAAUCAAAUCCAGGGCCUUUGCAUGCCUGGCACAGGUUGUCCCCACUGUGCCACAUCCCCAGCCUGUAAUUAUGAUUGUCUUUUUUUCCCUCAGUGCUGAGGGAGUUGAGCCCAGGGCCUUGCAU